ACUUCUAUGCAAAAAGCAGUAUGUUAAUUGUCGUUAUCAAGUACGCUUUCAAAAAUAAAUCAAAUUUUUGUUUCUGUUUUUUCUUUUUUGUUUAUUGUUUUGUAGUUGUUUAAUGGCGAUGGUUUGAUUCGAUGGAAAUCAUGAAAUGUCAGAGAGAGAUGGAAAGCCAUGAAGAGUCAAUCAAAAGAAAUAAAUAGUAAAUUGAAAGCCCUAAGGUUUAGCUCUUCUGCGCUCGCUACGUCAGCCAUGGGUGUAAACACAAUACAGACUGAAACAGAAACCGACCGAGAACUGAAAAUGAAACGAAACGAAACGGAAUCUUCAAAAGCGGCGGCGGCGAGGACGCCAGCGGCCAACGUCUCAGUCGCAGUCGCCGCUGGCCGCGACGCCGGCAGCGAGAGCCAGUUCGAAUUAACUCGACCACAGUUUUUCCCGUUACGAAGGAGAGAGCCAAGAGCAGAAGGCGAAGUGUGA